AUGGCCCCCACUUCCAUCUAUCAUGAGUGCAAUCAGAUCAUGCCGGGCGUGCUCCGCGCGCACCGUGCCGCGCUCACCUACCUCGAGUUCCGCGACCACACGGAGAUGGGCCCCCGCGACGACGAGCACGAGGACGGCGCGUCCGGCUCCGCCUCCCCCGUGUCCGCCACCUCGUUUUCGAGGGCCGCGAGAACGACGUCUCGACUCUCGGACGCGGACCACCUCCCGCCCCACCCGAACCUCGCCUUCGUCGACGUCUGGGUCUCCACCCCGCGCCGCGCACUCGCCUAUCGCCCCCACGCCCGCCUCCGCGGCAUGCGCGAGCGCGCCAAAGCGAUGGAAGACAUUGUCUUCUUCCUCGUCGGCAAGAUAGAAGGCGCCAGGGAGCAUGCGAAGGCGAUCCUGCCUACCUACCCGUGCGCGCAGCCGUCCGAUUCCGCCGCGUUUAGGAUCGCGCUUGCGAAGUAUCUAGAUGCCUUGCGGAGUGUCGUAACUCACGCCGGCUCGACGCACGGCGGCGGCGACGUCAAGGGGAAGCGGCCGGCACACGGAGCUCAGGACGGAGCUUUGGCGUGGUGGUGGAAGGACGUCGUCGUCCGCAAAUCCAUUCUCGAUGAGUGCAGCGGCGAACGAUUUGAACGGCUCAUACUUGCACUCUCCACCCAUGCCGUGUUCAAGUGCACGACGAGGACGGCAAAGGCACGUGCUUUGAGUCAGACCACAACCAACCCGCCUUCCACACUGCAAUCCGCCUCGACUCCUGCUGAUGGACAGUUCGAGCUUUCUACACUCCCGCGGGGAUACGCUCGCCAGCUCUCUGCCGCCCAGACGUCCAGAGCGAAAUGGGAGAGAUCCGCGGCGGCCCUCUUGCGGCAGCAACACGACCUCUCUGUGAUCCGCGCGCGCAUUGCGGACCCUCAACUUGCUUCGGCGAGCUCUAAAUACGACAGCCUGACCACAGAUAGACUCCUCGCCUUGCGCGACUCCCGGUGGCGGGACCUUCUUGGGGGUGCGUGGAAGGGCGAGGGAGGCCGUGCAGCCCUGCUGCUCGUCACAGAACUCGCCGGGCUCUCGGAAGCUUCUGGUAUCGCAGAAGCCUCCAUUUCCUCGAGCUCGAGCGGCGUGGAAGAUGAGAUAGGGGCCGAACAGAAUGGGAGUGGAUUAGCCGAAUCGUCGCAGACAGGCUCUCAGCCGCCUGUCCCGCUCCCAAUCGCAGCUGCCCACCAUCCGGCUUACGUCCACUCGCUCUCAAUGCCGCUCUUGCAGACGGCAAAACCAUCCAAGAUUCCGGACGGAGAUGAGCCUGGAGACGGCGCCUCAACGUCGAGGCCGCAUGCGAUCUCCGAGAGGCUCGCCGACAUCGAGAGGGUGCAGCGCUCUCUGCAGAGCGCGUUGCUCAGCGCACAGAACCUCCGAACACAGCUCCAGCAGCGUCUGCAGAAGGCGCAGGGCAACGAAGCACCCCGCCCAUCCGACGGCGUAGUAGCGAAACGCGAAGCCGUUCAUCUCGACUCGCGCCUGUGGGACAGGAGAGCAGGGCCCGGCGUCGAGCCCAAGAAGCCCCCCGAUGCGUCCUCGCUCGCCCAGUUCGGCCUCGCAAGGGCACCGCCAGAGAACGCGGUCGAGGAGCGCAUCGCGCACAUCCGCACCGCCCUGCUCCCACCGUUCGCCGCAGAGCCGCUGCCCUUCACCGAGCACGACCCCGCACGACCUGCCCCGGCACCCUCUCGCCUCCCGAAGCCGGCCCCGGCGCCCUCGCAGUCGACGGCCGCCAAACCACACCACCCGGCAGGGACAAGACACCCGCCGCCCAACCGCGUCCCGUCCAAGCAGGUCCGCCUCACGGCCCCCGACGGAGGCACGGCCUCGAAGGCCUCCGCACGAAGGCUCUCGCGCCGCGCGUCCGCCGCGCACACCCGGCGGUCGACGACGUUCGGGCGCGGCGACGACGCCGAGAUCUGGCGGAUCGUCAACUCCGUGCAGGAUCGAUCGUCGGACUCGUCAGACGCGAACGACUCGGCCGACGGGGAUGGGCACGAGGGCGAGGGGGACCCGGACCAGAGCAGCCUCGCGGUCCACUUCGGCGUGGCUCCGCAGCGGACGCCUGGCGACCGCGGGACGCGCGGCGCGCUGCUGUCGGGCAUCAAGCGGAGCGGGCCUCGCGCGUCGUUUGACAUCGAGCGCUAUGAGCGGGUGCCGGUGCCGCGGCUGCCCAGUCUGCGUCUGGAGAGCGCAGCGGAGGUUGACGAGGAUGAGGGACAGAUGGACAUCGGAAGCGGUCACCGCAGAACGGUGGAAGAGGAAAAGGAGGACGAGGAGAUUUACGAGGGGAACAGUAUGACGCUGGCGGAUAUCCUGCUCCAAGCCGGACACCAGGCAAACGUUUCUGGACAACUACUAGGCGAAGAUGAGGUGGAUGGAGACAUGUCGGAAUGGGAAUGA